AUGGCAUCUGCUAAAUGUUUGGACUUCACCAAGGCCGUUUGGCGCUCCUUCAUUGACCAUGGCGGUCUUGACGCGAAGGUGUUGGCAAACAUGUCCAUCAUCAGCGCAACACCAGGAAAGCUCAAGUGUCAAAUGCAGAUAGAGAAGCAUCACGUAAAUCGCUACAACACACUCCACGGUGGCACAAUCGCAACGAUGGUAGAUCUUGGAGGUACUUUAGCUGUGGCGACUCGGGGCUUGUGGACCACGGGUGUCAGCACGGAUAUCAACAUCACAUAUAUCAGCUCUGGUGGAACCAUCGGUGACACGAUUACAAUGGAGGGAGAAGUUGUCAGACUAGGUAAAACCCUGGCUUUCACCAGCGUUUUCUUCAUGAACGCGAAAGGGGAGAUGUUCGCAAAGGGUAAUCACACCAAGUUCGUAGCGAAGUGCUGGACAGAUGAGAGAAACAAGGGUACAUCAUUGGACUGGCUUCCUUGUUCUGGCUUUGCUAAUGAAUGCCUUCCAGUGGAGGAACUACACGCUGAAGAGGAACCCGCCGCCAGGGGGCCCGAGCACGCUACUGUACUGCGGUGCCGACACCAAGAACCCGACCCGCUGAACGUCGAGGUAGCAGCCGGAGAAACCCACUCUUUACUCCUGCCAUCAAUUGAUGGUGAACGGCCUUUGCGCAUCAUGAGCGCCAUGCAACCUCUCCCAGACGUCUUGCUCCCAAAGCUAUUCUCCGACCUCAAGAGCAAGAACGAGGAUGCGCGUCAACGAUCAGCCGGAGAACUACGAGACUAUGUCGCCGCGACAUCUCGCGAACUUUCCGGAGAAGCGCUCACAAGGUUCAACAAUGACAUUAACCGCCGGAUCUUUGAAUUGAUCCAUUCGAAUGAUGUGAAUGAGAAAAUUGGAGGUAUUUUGGCGAUUGACAGACUUAUUGACUAUGAGGGGGAGGAGAACACUACGAAGAUUACGAGGUUUGCGAAUUACCUUCGAAUCGUCUUGCCAGGGAAUGACACGCAGGCGAUGAUCCUGGCCAGUAAGGCGCUUGGAAGACUUGCAGUACCAGGUGGAACACUAACCGCCGAGUUCGUGGAAUUUGAAGUCAAGAAGGCAUUGGAAUGGCUGCAGGGAGACAGGCAUGAAGCUAGACGACACGCAGCCGUUCUCGUCCUCCGCGAAUUGGCUAUCAACUCGCCUACGCUCAUCUACUCCUACGUCCCGCAAAUCCUCGACUUGAUCUGGGUUGCUCUCCGCGAUCCGAAAGUCAUCAUCCGUGACUCAGCGGCCGACGCCCUGUCAGCUUGUCUGGAGAUCAUCUACCAGCGUGAAAGUCAACUUCGUCUGCAGUGGUAUACCAAGAUCCUCGAAGAAGCGCAGCACGGUUUGCGACUUAAUACUGCCGAUACCAUCCAUGCAUCGCUUCUGACAUAUAGGGAACUCCUUCUCCGUGCAGGUAUGUUCAUGCACGAACGCUACCGGGAGGUUUGUGAAAUUGUGCUACGGUACAAGGACCACAGAGACGCACUCAUUAGACGAAGUGUCAUUUCUCUCAUUCCUACUCUGGCCGCGUACAACCCUAAUGAGUUCGUGGCGAGUUACCUGCACAAGUGCAUGCUUCACCUCUUAGGACUCCUGAAAAAGGAAAAGGACCGGACGGCGCCUUUCGAUGCCGUUGGUCGUGUUGCUAUCGCUGUGGGAAGUAGUAUGGGACCAUACCUCGAUGCGAUUUUGGCGAGCAUUAAGGAGGGUUUGGCGAUGAAGGGAAAGACGAGGGCAACGCAGGAAGCACCAAUCUUUCAGUGUAUCAGUAUGUUGGCCACGGCCGUCGGACAAGCACUCACGAAGCACAUCCACGAACUGUUGGACCUCAUGUUUGCGUGCGGCUUGAGUGAGCCUCUACGACAAGCUCUUGUCGAUCUGGCGCAUUACAUCCCGCCGUUGCUUCCGACGAUUCAGGAAAGGCUGUUGAACAUGCUUAGCAUGAUCCUGAGUGGUAAGCCAUUCAAGCAGCCCGGCAGUCCAGCGCAUAUUCAGACAGUUAUCGCUCCUGCCGUCGCACGCGAGAUUCGUGAAUCGCAGGCCUCUGAAGGAAGAGAUAGGGAGCUCAUCACGCUCGCUUUGAACACUCUUGGCACUUUCGAUUUCAGCGGCCAUGUCCUGAAUGAAUUCGUGAAGGAUUGUGCGAUCUCGUAUGUCGAGGAUGACAAUGCUGAGGUGCGGAAGGCUGCUGCGUUGACUUGUUGUCAACUAUUCGUUCGGGAUCCGAUUUGUUACCAGACUAGUAACCAUGCCAUUCAGGUGGUAGGUGAAGUGCUGGAACGGUUGUUGACCGUAGGAAUUGCCGACCCGGAUCCUGUUAUCCGACAAAUCGUGCUCAGCUCCCUGGACGAGCGGUUUGACCGUCAUCUCGCACAGGCAGAGAAUGUUCGUUCGUUGUUUAUUGCGCUGAAUGAUGAGGUCUUUGCCAUUCGUGAGCUUGCGAUUACAAUUAUCGGUCGUUUGACGUUUCACAACCCUGCAUACGUUAUGCCUUCUCUGCGCAAGACCCUCAUUUCGUUAUUGACGGAGCUCGAGUACUCCAGCGUGAGUCGUAACAAGGAAGAGGCUGCCAGGUUGCUCAGUCUCCUUGUCGCGGCGUCGCAGAAGCUCAUUAAGCCGUAUGUUGAGCCUAUGCUGAAGGUGCUUUUGCCUAAGGCUCGUGACGCGAGUUCGGGUGUGGCUUCGAGCGUGUUGUCCGCUCUGGGUGAGUUGGCGAAUGUCGGAGGCGAGGACUUGCUGGUGUAUAUUAAGGACCUUAUGCCUCUCAUUAUCGACACACUGCACGACCAAAGUUCGUCGGUGAAGAGAGACGCAGCGCUCAAGGCCCUCGGUCAACUUGCCAGUUCGUCAGGUUAUGUUAUCGAUCCUUACCUCGAAUACCCUCAGCUUCUAAAUAUCUUGAUUGGUAUCUUGAAGACUGAGCAAUCUAGCGAUAUCCGUCGAGAAACUGUUAAGCUUAUGGGUAUCUUGGGUGCACUGGAUCCUUACAGGCAUCAGAUCAUUGAGCGGGGUACCGAGGAGCAUACGUUGGAGCAAAAGUCUGUCUCUACUGAUGUGAGCCUGUUGAUGGUUGGUAUGACACCGUCUUCAGAAGAGUAUUAUCCUACCGUGGUUAUCAGUUCAUUGAUGAAUAUUCUGAAGGAUCCUUCUCUUGGAGCGCACCAUACCGCUGUUAUCCAGGCGAUCAUGUACAUCUUCAAGACCAUGGGGUUGAAGUGCGUGCCCUUCCUGUCACAAAUUAUUCCGGGAUUCUUGCAUGUCAUGAGAACAUGCUCGCCGACCAUCCUGGAAUUCUACUUCCAGCAGCUUGGUAUCCUGGUCUCCAUUGUCAAGCAGCAUAUCCGAAAUUUUCUCGAGGAUAUUUUCAAGGUUAUCCAGGAGUUCUGGAAUCCCAGCUCGAACCUCCAGAUUACCAUUCUUGCUUUGGUUGAGUCGAUUGCGAGGGCAUUGGAGGGUGAGUUCAAGGUAUACUUGCCUAUUCUCUUGCCCUUGAUGCUUCAGAUCUUCGACGUGGAUGUCACUCCGAGUCGCCAACCUACACAGAAAGUUCUGCAUGCAUUCAUUGUUUUCGGUCAAAAUAUCGAGGAAUACAUGCACCUUAUUUUGCCCGUGGUCGUCAAGAUGUUUGAGAAAGUCGACGCUCCAGUUACACUUCGCAAGGCAGCCAUUCAAACCGUUGCUCAGCUGUCUCGCAAGGUUAACUUCUCCGACCACGCCUCGCGCAUCAUUCACCCCCUAUCUCGUGUUUUGAGCACUGCCAACCACGAACUCAAGAUGGCAUCAAUGGACACCCUUUGUGCAAUGAUAUUCCAGCUUGGGUUUGAUUACGCUAUCUUCAUCCCCAUGAUCAACAAGGUUAUCGUUACGAACAAGAUCCAGCACCCUACGUACGAGCUCUUGGUAUCAAAACUCUUGAAGGGCGAUGCCCUGCCACAGGAUUUGAGUCCUGAGGAGCGCUACGGUGACGCUCGUACCGAUGAAGUGUCAUCAGCAGAUAUCAGCGCGAAGAAGUUGCCUGUUAACCAACAGCAUCUCAAGAGUGCCUGGGAAGCCUCACAGAGAUCAACCCGAGACGAUUGGCAAGAAUGGAUCCGUCGCCUCAGUGUUGAGCUACUGAAGGAAUCACCAUCACACGCAUUGCGAGCUUGUGCCGGUUUAGCGGGUGUGUACUAUCCACUGGCGCGUGAGCUCUUCAAUGCUGCCUUUGUAUCUUGUUGGACGGAGUUGUAUGACCAGUAUCAAGAUGAGCUUGUUCGUGCGAUUGAGACAGCUUUGAUCUCCCCUAAUAUCCCCCCGGAAAUCCUACAAACUCUGCUCAACUUGGCCGAGUUCAUGGAGCACGAUGACAAGGCUCUGCCUAUUGAUAUUCGUACACUUGGUUUGUACGCCUCGAAAUGUCACGCCUUCGCGAAAGCGCUACACUACAAGGAAUUAGAGUUCAUCUCCGAGCCUUCGACAGACACGAUCGAAGCCCUCAUCAGUAUCAACAAUCAGUUACAACAACCUGAUGCAGCUAUCGGUAUUCUGAGCCACGCACAACACCACCACGAUCUUGAGCUGAAAGAAACAUGGUACGAAAAACUUCAGCGUUGGGAAGAUGCAUUGUCUGCAUACGAGCGACGCGAGGACCAGAACUCCUUUGACGUUACCAUGGGUAAAAUGAGAUGUUUGCAUGCAUUGGGUGAAUGGGACCUCCUUUCCCAACUCGCACAAGACAAGUGGAUUCAUGCCGGACAUGACAUGCGCCGUGCUAUUGCUCCUCUCGCUGCUGCCGCUGCAUGGGGUAUGGGUCAGUGGGAGUUAAUGGACGACUACAUCUCCGUCAUGAAGCAUGAAUCACCAGAUCGUGCAUUCUUCCGUGCCAUCAUCUCCCUGCACAGAAACCAAUUCACCGACGCAGCGCUUCACAUCACUAAGGCUAGGGACCUUCUCGACACUGAGCUCACUGCUCUUGUCGGAGAAAGUUACAACCGUGCUUACAGUGUCGCUGUGCGCGUCCAGAUGCUGGCAGAGCUUGAGGAAAUAAUCUCGUACAAGCAAAACGGGGACAUGCCUGAGAAGCAAGCAACCCAGAGGAAGACUUGGAUGAAGCGUCUGAAGGGAUGUCAACGGAACGUCGAGGUUUGGCAACGUAUGCUCAAGGUCCGUGCCCUUGUCAUCUCUCCAAAGGAAAACAUGGAGAUGUGGAUCAAGUUCGCCAACCUGUGCCGUAAAUCUGGUCGUCUUGGUCUUGCCGAGAAGUCUUUGAACUCUCUGUUAGACGAAGAGGAGAGCAUCUCUGAUAUGUCUUCCGCUAUCAGGGCCCCUCCGUCGGUUGUAUAUGCGCACCUCAAGUUCACUUGGGCUACCGGUGGUCGCCGUGAGGCUUUGCACAAUCUAAGAGAGUUCACCGCUAAGAUGUCGCACGACCUUGGCUUGAACGCAAGUGAAUCUUACCCUAAGGCUCUAACUCAUGAUCAAGCUGGCCAAAACAUCGAGAGCUACACUCGUCUAUUGGCUAGGUGUUACUUGAAGCAGGGUGAAUGGCAAGUGGCCCUUCAGGACAGAUGGAACGAACAGACGAUUCCUGAUAUCCUGCGAUCAUACCUCCUCGCUACUCACUUCGAUCCUGACUGGUACAAGGCUUGGCACGCGUGGGCUUUGGCAAACUUUGAGGUGAUCAACCACCAUGAGCUCAAGGAGAAUGCCAUCACGAACGAUAUUAUCACCGCUCACAUCAUACCUGCUGUGCGCGGUUUCUUCAGAUCAAUUGCCUUGAGUAAGGGUAACUCGCUGCAGGACACCCUUCGUCUCCUCACCUUGUGGUUCAAGUUCGGCAACAAUCAGGACAUCAACAAUGCCAUUACGGAAGGUUUCACAUCCGUACGCAUCGACACCUGGUUGGAGGUUAUCCCGCAAUUGAUUGCCCGUAUUCACGUUACCGGACCACUUGUUCGACGCUUGAUUCACCAGCUUCUUUCCGACGUUGGCCGUGCACACCCACAGGCACUGGUGUACCCAGUUACUGUCGCAUCGAAAUCGCAGAGUGUAUCCCGUCAGCGUGCCGCCUUGGCGAUCAUGGACAACAUGCGCAACCACAGCGCGAUUUUAGUCGAGCAGGCGUUGCUUGUAAGUAAAGAACUCAUCCGUGUUGCCAUCCUUUGGCACGAGCAGUGGCACGAGGGUCUUGAGGAAGCAUCUCGUUUGUACUUCGGUGAUCACAACAUCCAGGCAAUGUUUGCUACCCUUGAGCCAUUGCACGAGAUGCUGGAACGCGGUCCCGAGACUUUGCGUGAGAUUUCUUUCCACCAGGCUUUCGGACGAGAUCUGCAAGAAGCUCGCGACUGGUGUAGUAAGUACAAGCGAUCCGGUGAACCCACUGACCUCAACCAGGCAUGGGAUCUCUACUACCAGGUCUUCAGGAAGAUCUCGAAGCAGCUUCCUCAACUUACUACUCUGGAGCUCCAAUACGUCUCGCCGCAGUUGCUUGCUGCUCGUGAUCUCGACCUUGCUGUUCCUGGUACGUACCAGAGUGGGAAACCAAUUGUCAAGAUUUCCAGCUUCGCACCGACAUUUACUGUCAUUACGUCCAAGCAGCGCCCUCGACGUUUGACGAUGAAGGGGAGCGAUGGUAAGGAUUACCAAUACGCCCUUAAGGGUCAUGAAGAUAUCCGUCAGGACGAACGUGUCAUGCAGCUCUUCGGACUUGUUAACACAUUGUUGUCCAUCGACUCAGAGUCGUUCAAGAGGCACCUCAACAUCCAACGUUACCCCGUUAUCCCUCUAUCGCCUAACUCCGGUCUGCUUGGAUGGGUGCCUGACAGUGAUACAUUGCACGUGCUUAUUCGCGAUUACCGUGAGAGCCGCAAGAUCUUGCUCAACAUCGAACACCGUCUCAUGCUUCAGAUGGCGCCGGAUUACGACAAUUUGAUGUUGAUGCAGAAGGUUGAGGUUUUCGAGUACGCUCUCGACAACACAACCGGACAGGAUCUAUACAGGGUUCUCUGGCUCAAGUCCCGAAGCUCCGAGGCAUGGCUCGACAGACGAACGAACUACACCCGCUCCUUGGCUGUCAUGUCAAUGGUCGGCUACAUCCUCGGUCUCGGUGAUCGUCACCCCUCCAACCUCAUGCUCGACCGCUUCACCGGCAAAGUCAUCCACAUCGAUUUCGGAGACUGUUUCGAAGUCGCCAUGCACCGCGAGAAGUUCCCCGAGAAGAUUCCGUUCCGUCUUACCCGUAUGUUGGUUAACGCGAUGGAGGUCAGUGGUAUCGAGGGUAGUUUCAGGAUUACUUGUGAGCAUGUUAUGCGCGUAUUGCGUGAUAACAAGGAGUCGCUCAUGGCUGUGCUUGAGGCUUUCGUCUACGAUCCGCUUAUCAACUGGCGUUUGAUGACGAACGUGAGCCCGCCGGAGUCGCAAGUCGGCGAGAAACAAAAGCUGGAUAACCCGGAAGACCCGAGUAGGGCACCGGCCAGGCGAAGUAAGGCAGAUGAGAGCGAACUCGUCUCGCAGCAGCAGAACAAGCCUGAGGUUCUCAACCAACGUGCUGUCAGUGUUCUGAACAGAGUCUCGAACAAGUUGACUGGUCGCGACUUUAAGCCGAACCAGGAGUUGGACGUCAGGGAACAGGUUGAGAGGUUGAUUCAGCAGGCUACGAGCUUGGAGAAUCUGUGUCAGUUGUAUAUUGGAUGGUGUGCAUUCUGGUAG